AUGGAUGAAAUCGACGUGACGUCGAUGCCUGGAGGCAGCCGUCAAGAUGGGACGGAGAGAGAUCGGAGCCCUGUUAAUGUACGGAAGGGGUCGGAGUCUGAGGACCCCGUCGUCGACAACCAGAGGGAGUCCAGAGUGCAAUCAAUCCGAUUUCAUCGGCUCUCUGAUGAAACAGAUUCUGAUGAUACUGUUGAGAGGGAAGUUAGGACAAAUACAGCUCGGAAACGAAAUAUCAAUUUCUCGGACGAGGAAACAUGGCAUGUGAACCUGCCAAAGAUCAAUACUGCACGCAGAGGCGGGAAAUGGGGCAAGGCCAAAGCUCGAACAACAAGUGUCGCAAAAACCAAGUCCCUCGGGGCACAUGUGGGUAUCGCCAAAGCAAAACUGUUGCUACAAAGAAUAGACAGAGGGCUUGCUGAAAAAGAAAGCAACAAGCGUGCCACACAUGUGCAACCUUGUGAGACAGUGGAACAGGAACGACCGGAGGACCAGAUAAUGUCAGAUGGGGAUGGAGUAGAAAUCGUGGACCCAGAGGGACGAUUAUCCCCAUCUGCUGACGGUGAUGUGGCGGACGUUGCCCGAAAGGCAGCGAAACGGGUGCUGCAACACGUCAAGAAAUGUAUGAACAUCAAAGGAACGAUCCGCGGACAAAUUAACGAGGCUUGCCAGCAAAUCGUAAAGGCGAUGAACACACUGGACUCGCGUGAGGCUAACGAGGAGCUGAAUAUCCUCCGAGCAUCCAACAAAUCGCUGAAGGAGCAGUUAGCCCACGCGACCAGCGAGGUAAAGGCGUUAAGAAGGGCCUUCUCCGAGCGGAAUAAGAAGGAGGCCCCGUCAGGCGACCUCAGCCUGAAAACCCCUAAGGCUGGCAACAGCAUGCUGGCAACCGUCACGCAGGCUUUGUCGGAAUUCAAAGAGGAACUGUCCGCGAGUCUCCAUCGCUCGAUAGGGAAUAUGGUGAAUGCGCGCAUUGACGACCUAACGAGCAGACUCCCCCCGGCGCCGAUUGCCCGGCCGCCAUUAGCGUCGGACCGAAGAAGUGCAGAUGCGGCAAAUGCUGCAGUCUCGUAUUCCCCUAGGGACCUAGUCACUGAUUUGCCGGAUGAUCCCUGGACCCCGCUGCCAGCCCCAGAGCCUGCUUCUAGAAUCACGAAGCCCAGGAAAGUGGCAGAGGAACAGGCAGGGUCGACACUGAUGCCCCCUGCAAGGGCUGCACCGGCCCCUAAAUCAGGGCGUAAGAAGAAAAAAGGGGCUACCAAGCAGGUACCCCUAGAGACUUCUCCUCCUGCGGGAAAUACUAUUCCCACCCCGGCUCCCCGAGCAAAGAGGGUCCCCCAAGUGGCUACGCAACCACCACCGACUGCCUCUAAUGAGAAAUGGACGGAAGUCCUCGGCAGGAAGGCAAAGAAAAAAGCCGUGCAGUCUACGGCAGCAGCAGCAGCUAAACCAGCUGCUAAACCGAAGCCGAAGCCGAAGCCGCGGAAAUUGGUGGCCCCAUCGUCUGCGGCCAUAGUAUUGUCGUUAAAACCAGACUCGGAGGCCACCUAUGCCUCGCUCCUGUCCAAGGCAACGACGUCUUUUAGCCUCGCUGAAGUGGGAAUAGACCACGUCAAUGUCCGUAAAACUGCUGACGGAGCGCGCAUUUUAGAGGUUUCCGGUACGGACAACGGAAGAGCAGCGGACUUAAUCUGCGAAAAACUGGAGGGACUGAUCGGCAAUGAUGCGAGAGUGUACCGACCAAUUAAAAUGGCCGGACUUAGAAUCUCAGGCAUCAUUGAGUCUGAAACAACCGAGUCCGUUACAGCGGCAGUGGCAACUAAGGGUGGCUGCAAAAUUGAAGAGGUCAAGACGAACCUCAACCACUGCGCCCGCGCCCAAGAUCUGCUGAUGCAGGUAAUAGCAGAGUGGGGCGUAGGCGUGGCCGUCGCAGCGGAACCAUAUUUUGUUCUUCCUCAGCCUAACUGGGUAGGAGCAAGUGACGGGACAGUGGCACUAGUGGUACCAGCCGUUGGCAAUUUUCCGCCCCUGACUGCAGUUCAUAAAGGCCCUGGUGUCGCAGCAGCCAAAUGGGGCAACGGCAUCCUCAUCGGAACUUACUUCUCCCCUAAUAGGCCACUGUCGGAUUUCGAGAUAUAUCUUGACGAUCUCGAAAGACUGAUAAGGAGACUCGCCCCAACUCCGGUACUCUUAAUGGGGGACCUCAAUGCCAAGAGCGCAGCCUGGGGUUCUGCAGUCACCGAUGCGAGGGGCCAAACACUUAGGGACUGGGUGGCGGCAUUAGGUCUGGUGGUUCUGAAUCGGGGACGCGCCAAUACAUGUGUGCGCCAACAGGGAGGAUCUAUUGUCGAUGUUACUUUCGCAACCCCUGUUAUCGCCCACCGGAUCGAUAAUUGGCGUGUCUUGGAGGACGUGGAGACUCUCUCUGACCAUGUUUACAUUAGGAUGACUGUCUCUCCAUCUCCAGCGGUCACAACACAGGCUCUGCUACAAGCAGCGGGUGGGCUUCGCCCCUAUUGCUUCCCUAGGUGGUCUUUGUCCAGCCUAGAUAGGGACAUGAUCGAGGAGGCUGCGAUAAUCGAGGCUUGGUGCGCCCCUCCACCAGACAACAUAGGGACUGAACAAAAAGCAGCCCGCUUCCGUAAGUCUCUCACCACAGUGUGUGAUGCCGGUAUGUCGAGGUCGAGGAAGUUACCUGGGAGGAAGCAGGUUUACUGGUGGUCGGAAGAAAUUGCCGCUCUCCGAGUGAUUGCUAAUGCUGCUCGCCGCAGAUAUGUCAGAUGCAGGCGCAGGCAUCACACGGCGAAUGAAGAGGAGACACUCCAUGAAGCCCUAGUAGCUGCAAAGACGGCUCUUAGAGUAGCCAUAUCCAAGCGCAAGGACGAGGCUCGAGAGGAAUUCCUAAGUACUUUGGAUCGAGACCCAUGGGGGCGGCCAUACAAGCUGGUCAGGAACAAACUAAAAUGUGCUCCCCGAUGGACUCUCUGGAACCGGAUCUACUAA